AUGGUCAUGGCCUCAUCCUCUCACUUUCUUUAUGUUAGUUUGUUCAUCGUUUCAUUCACACAAGUUCUUCCCCUCAAUGUAGUCAUAAAAUCAACAUUUAUGUAUCCACUAACUUGUUCUAAUUAUACUCGUACAUGCAAUUCAUAUCUAUACCACAUCUCCAAAGGUCAAAACCUCCAAGAAAUAAGCUCUUUCUACUCUGUCAACACCUCCAAAAUCACACCCAUAAACCACAAUUCCAAUAUCGAUUAUCUAGUUUCAGUUCAGUGUUCUUGUAAGAAAGACAACAGCAGCAGUGAUGGAUACUACUUGUAUGAUACGGUUUAUAAACAGAAACCUGCAAGAGAGAGUGUUGAGUAUAUAUCAAAUGAGUAUUAUAGUGGGCAAGUAUGGAAUGUUAGUGGAGAAAAUGAAGAACUCAAUGUACGUCUUGUUUGUGGGUGUUUGGAAAACGAAUCUAACAAAGAAGUUGUCACGUACACAGUCCAAUCCGGGGACACUAUGCUUGCAAUUUCUAAGCUUUUGUCAGCAAAAGAGGUUGAAGUUGAGGAUAUGAAUAGGGUUUUGACUAAAGAUCCUAAUUCUAUAGAUAUUGGGUGGGAUCAUGGAAUCAAGAAAGAUGAACCAAAAUCUAUGAGAACAAGCCUAAAUGCUGAGAAAAAAAGCCUGGAAGAUCACUUUUUAAAUAUAGACAUGGAAGAGGCAACAACAAGCAUCGAGUCUGAAAAACCGGUGAUAAUUAGUCUGGAGGAGAUUGAGGAGGCUACAAAUAAUUUUGACGAAGCUAGGAAAAUAGGAGAAGGUGGAUUUGGUAAAGUGUACUUUGGAAUAAUAAGAGGAAGGGAAGCUGCCAUAAAGAAAAUGAAAUCCAGCAAGUCAAAGGAGUUCUUUGCAGAGCUCAAGGUUCUUUGCAGGAUACAUCAUAAUAACGUGGUGCAACUACUGGGAUAUGCAAGUGGUGACAGCCAUCUUUAUUUGGUGUAUGAGUAUGUGCAAAAUGGAACACUUAGCGAACAUCUUCAGGACCCUUUGCUAAAAGGUCAUCAGCCACUCUCAUGGACAGCAAGAGCAAACAUCGCACUUGAUGCUGCUAGGGGAAUCGAAUACAUUCAUGAUCAUACAAAGGCACGCUAUGUUCAUAGAGAUAUUAAGACAAGCAAUAUACUUCUUGACAUGGGACUUAAAGCAAAGGUUGCAGAUUUUGGUCUGACCAAGUUUGUGGAACAUGCAAAUGAAGAGGAUUUCAUAGCCACAAGAGUUGUGGGUACCCCUGGAUAUCUAGCUCCUGAGUCGAUAUGUGAAAUGCAAACCACAUCAAAAACCGAUGUAUUUGCAUUUGGUGUGGUUCUAGCAGAACUGAUAACAGGUCAGCAAGCACUUGCACGUGAUAAGCACGAUCCAAAAAAGCUCAAGACACUAGUUGCAGUGUUCCGUGCAAUAUUUCAAGAUCAAGAUUCAGGAGCUGCAUUGGAAGCUCAAAUUGACACCAAUCUCAAGGGAAGUUACCCUAUUGAAGAAGCGAAUAAGAUGGCAGAAACAGCUAUGUUAUGCUUGAGUGAAGAUCCUUGUAAUAGACCAGAGAUGCGCAAUGUUGUGACAAUGUUGGCCCAAAUUGUGAUGAGCUCCAUAGAAUGGGAAGCAUCACUGGGUGGAACGAGCCAGGUUUUUAGUGGCUUGUUCAAUGGAAGAUGA